UGGGCUACCAUCUGAGAAUACUACAAUACUACAAAAACUAUAAGGUUUGAAUGUUCAGUUUGGAAGACAAACAACCUACCAGAUCCUAUAAAAAAGCAGCUCUCUCAAUUGUGCAACUGCAGAAGAGGCAAACUACUUCAAAAAUGGCAGGAUUUCUUCUUCCCUUCCUUGCAGUCCUUUUCAUAGCUGCUUCUGCAAAUCCUAUCACCUACGAACAAGAGGGUCGCCUGCACAUCAUCAACGCCGGAAACAACAUUCUGGAGGCGAUAUUCUACACCGAGGAAACGGGAAUUGGAAUUUACGGUGACAAUUCUAACAUCACAAUCAUCUCGAUGAGCGACAACGAAGUCCUACUGUCUGGCAGUGCACCAAGUGACUCCUCCAGGCUCUAUCGAGUACUUGGGACCAACUUUCUCCAACAAACAACUACAGGCGAGAAUGGUGAGCCAAUUAAACAUCAAUUCAUUGUGCCCGAGUCGCUAAUCGAUCGAGUCAAGGAGGGCAUCAAGACAAGGAAGGAGCAGCGAAUAACUUCGCAGCUGACAGGACAGAGCGAAACAGAAGCAAAAACGGCACAAGCGCUAUCUCUAAUGAGACUUUUCACCCGACGAGAGAUAUCACUGAUCGAACCAGCAGCUAAAGCGCUAGGGAGGGCAGGUGUGAUGGGUUACGAAAACCAGGGGGCACUCAACUUCUAUGGAGUAGCAAUGGCUCUGAUAAAAGCACGGGAUCCGCAAAACACAAGUGGAUAUGGAAGUGGGGAGUAUAUAGACGGGCACGAAUUGCACAACAGGCGUAUCAAGCGUGGGUGGUGGUGGUGGUCGCCUUCGCCAGUGUGGUGCAGCCGUACGGCUAGUACUUGCGAGAGCGGAUCAUGCACAAUAGGAACCUCAUCAUGUAACGGGAAGUGUGCAGACGGACCAAACUGCCUGGGAAGGUGUGGGCCAGGGUGCGACAGUUGCUGGCAGUGGGCAUGUGGAACAUGCUGCUACCAGCAGGGGUGCUAUGAUCACGACAAAUGCAACAGCAACUCAUUUAACUGCCUUAUACCAUUGUUCUUCGACUGCGAUGGAUACCGGUGCUAACAUGGAGAUUUGAUUGGCUGAUAAGACAGUAUGAUUACAUGUACAAGAACAGGACACAUUUUUUUUUUUAUGCAUGCUCUUGAAUUACUUUAGCAUUGAAGACUGUGUUGCCACUUGAAGUAGUUGAGUUUCAAGCAAUUAUGUUCUAUUCUGAAUUGUAAUUAUCCAACUUUUGGUAUUUCCACUGCUCUACAUGGCUCUAUAGCCAAAAUAAACAACAGCUUUCCAUAAAAAAACGCAUGGAAAGUCAGAAAGAGAGAAAGAAACAAAUCAUCUCUUUAAGUUCCUAUCCUUACCUGGUUUGUACAAUGCAACUCACACCACAUGUGACUCAUGC